AUGCCCCUCGACACAAUUUAUCUAACACGACAUGGGCACCGCUUGAACUGGACAAUCGACCACAAGACCGGCACAUACACUUCCCAGUUCCCCACGCCAUCGGGAAACCCCUCGGACCCAACCCUAACCUCGCACGGCGUCCGGCAGUCGCACGAACUCGCAACGCACAUCGUUAGCGGGGAUGUAACCCCCAAGCCGUUCCGAGUCUACUCAAGCCCCUUUUGGCGAUGCUUACAGACAAUUGAACCCUCCGUUAGGGCAUUGGGCGAAGUGAAAAAGGCGCAGAUUGGAGAGGGCGGUACAAAUGGGAUAGAUGAUCAGGCGGAGUUUGAGAUACGGGUUGAGAAUGGGCUUGGGGAAUGGUUCGGCUCAACAACCUUCUUCCACCACCCCACGCCUCCAACGAUCUCAACCCUACAAUCACUCAAAUCUGGCAAAGCAGCACCAUUUACUCUAAACAGCGCCCGAAAAUCCCCAGUCCUUUACACUUCAACGCGGGGUGAAUCAAUCCCGCAACUACAUAACCGCCUCGCAACUGCGUUGGCGGGUAUAAUCAGGGAAGUGGAUGCGGAAAUCGCCACGAUAGAGGCAUCUCUCCCUCCUGAGCAGAGAACAAGCAAGGCUAUCUUUAUAUGCUCGCAUGCGGCACCACUCAUUGCGAUUGGGCGCGUGCUGACGGGGAAUAUGCCCGCGGAUUCCAGUGAAGAGGAUUUUUAUGUUUAUACAGCGGGGUUGAGUACCUUUCGGAGGAGGGGCGGCGGGCCUGCUGCGUCAGAACCGGGGAAGGGUCUACUGGCAGAUGGGACGAGGAUUGCGAACCCAGAUGUCACGGUUGUGCCAGAAUGGGAAGGUGGAAGAGGAGUCGGGGGUGGGUGGGAUUGUGUAGUGAACGGGGAUUGUAGCUUUUUGAGCGGUGGUGCGGAGAGAGGGUGGCAUUUCAAUGGGGAGGAGUCUUUUGACACGGGGCCAAUGACAGAGCCGGCAGUUCCAGCAGAUGGUGAGCUGAGACUGGGAACAAAGUUAUAG